UUCUUUAUCUUUUAAUACUGAAUAAGAGUAAUGUAUUUUCACAUGAAGUGUGUUUAAAUUGUUAUACUAACCUGGCCCAAGAAUGACUUUUGACACCAGACUAGGUACAUUUAUUUCCAGUAAUUUCCCAUUUAUUCUAAUGGGAAUUCAGAGUGUUAACACUUUUACUAUGCAGACGUUACUGACAGAGUUUGUUUUCGCCACUUGUUAUGUUUUAAAAAUCUAUUUAAGUAGGAACAAACACCCUUAAAAAAAAUGCCCUGCUUAAGCACAUGGAAUCUCCCUUAUACAGGAAACUCUGUGAGGGCUGGAACUCUGCCAGUUUUUAUCACCACUACUGCAUAUCCUAUACCCAGCCCAGUGCCUAGGUCAGAGUAGGUCCUCAAUAUAAGUAUUUGUUAACUGAAUGAAUGACCACAUGAUGAAUGUGUUAAAUGAAUGAGUGACUAGUUGAAUGAAUAAGUAGAUUUCAAUUCCAAAUACUCUGGAGCAGUAUUUCCCAAACUUCAUCCAUUAAUAGAUAUUCCCCUUAAUGCCCUGUGUACUUCUUUGACAUUACUUCCUCUUCAACCUAGAUCCACAGUGUUUCCUGUGGGCCAAAAUUUCCUUUUGAGGCAAAAGGCUCUGUCAAUUACUUCUAGUUAAUUCUUUUAAAAAUAUUUGCCCUAUUAUUCCUGAGCCCCAGAACAUUUUGGAUCAUUAAACUUAGAAUGUAAACUCAGCAGUAGUAUAAGCAAAAAAGUAUGGAAAACAUUUGAAAGCAUGGAGAGCCCGUGAAGUGCGAUUAUAAGAUGGCCAGAGGGAAAAGACAAGACUUCCUAGCCUUGGAACCAUUCAGACCGUGGUCUGGUGAGGAUACUUCAUACCAUGUAUUAUGUUGAUCAGUGAACAAAUAUUUAAGUUCUGAAAAUCCACUGUUCUUUGAACUGCGUGCCAGAUACCUAAUUGCUUGUGAACGCAUACCUGAAGCAAUGGCUCUUAUUAAAUCUUGUAUAAAUCACCCAGAAAUCAGCAAAGACUUGUACUUCCAUCAAGCACUCUUCACAUGUCUGUUUAUGUCACCUGUAGAAGAUCAGCUAUUCCAGGAGCAUUUAUUGAAAACUGAUUGUAAGAGUGGAAUUGAUAUCAUCUGUAACACUGAAAAAGAAGGCAAGACUAUGUUAGCCCUACAACUCUGUGAAUCCUUUCUUAUUCCACAGCUCCAGAAUGGAGAUAUGUACUGUAUCUGGGAGUUGAUUUUCAUAUGGAGUAAACUUCAGCUUAAGUCUAAUCCUUCAAAACAAGUUUUUGUAGAUCAAUGCUACCAGCUUUUAAGAACAGCAACUAAUGUGAGAGUCAUAUUUCCUUUCAUGAAAAUCAUUAAAGAUGAGGUUGAAGAAGACGGCCUACAAAUUUGUGUUGAAAUAUGUGGUUGUGCUCUACAACUCGAUCUUCAUGAUGAUCCCAAAACUAAAUGUUUAAUUUAUAAAACAAUUGCACAUUUUUUGCCAAAUGAUUUGGAGAUCCUCAGGAUUUGUGCACUCUCAAUAUUUUUUCUUGAGCGCUCCUUGGAAGCUUAUCAUACUGUUGAAGAGCUUUACAAACGUCCAGAUGAGGAAUAUAACGAAGGCACAAGUAGUGUUCAAAAUCGUGUUCGUUUUGAAUUACUUCCAAUUUUGAAAAAGGGAUUGUUUUUUGAUCCCGAAUUCUGGAACUUCGUAAUGAUUAAGAAAAACUGUGUAGCAUUAUUGAGUGAUAAAUCAGCAGUUAGAUUUCUAAAUGAAAGUACACUGGAAAAUUCUACAGGUAAUCUAAAAAAGGUGGUGGAACAGCAAGGUUUAGAUGAAGGGCUGGACUCUCUUACAGAUCAGAGCACUGGAGAGCUUGAUCCUGAUGAUAUAUCUAGAGUGCAACCUAAGGGUCACAUUAAUAAGAAAAAUCUUAUGGCUCUUAAUGUUUCCAGAGUAGAUCACAAUGUCCCAAGGCAUCGGUGUAUGUUAUGUAACAAGGAAUUUCUAGGUGGUCACAUUGUGAGGCAUGCCCAGGCUCAUCAGAAAAAGGGUAGUUUUUCAUGUGUAAUAUGUGGUAGGAAAUUUAGGAACAGAGGACUUAUGCAGAAGCAUUUAAAGAAUCAUGUUAAGAAAAUACAAAGACAGCAAAUUGCUGCAGCUCAACAAGAGGAUCAGGAAAUCCCUGCUUUGGAAGAAAUAAAUUGUUCUGAUACUUUCAUUUCAUUUGAAAAUGGGAAUUCUGGUAAUAAAGAUUUGGAAAUAGAGACAAUUACUGCUUCCAGUGAUGGAAACAAAGAAGUCAUCCCUGCACAUGUGGCUGAAUUCAUUGAAAUUCCUGUAAGUGUAUCGGAAGAUGUUAUUGAGAACAUGAUUGAAAAUGGAAGUCCUGAUACUUCUUUAAAUAAUGUCUCGGAGCCUUUGCCUGUCUGUGAGGAUGACUAUGAGGAGGAAGAGGAUGAAGAAGGUGAUUACGAAGAUGACGAUUAUGACCUGAAUCAAGAAACUUCAGUACUUCAUAAAAUCAAUGGAACUGUGUGCCAUCCAAAAGACAUAUAUGCUACAGAUCAAGAAGGAAACUUUAAGUGCCCUGCUCUUGGUUGUGUCAGGAUAUUUAAAAGAAUUGGCUUUCUAAAUAAACACGCAAGGACUGUACAUCCAACUGAUUUAAACGUGCGGCAAACAGUAAUGAAGUGGAGCAAAGGAAAAUGCAAAUUCUGUCAGAGGCAAUUUGAAGAUUCUCAACAUUUUAUAGAUCACCUUAAUAGACACAGCUAUCCAAAUGUGUACUUUUGUUUGCAUUUUAAUUGCAAUGAGGCGUUUAAGUUGCCAUUCCAGCUUGCUCAGCAUACAAAAAGUCACAGGAUAUUUCAAGCUCAGUGUAGUUUUCCAGAAUGCCAUGAGCUUUUUGAAGAUCUUCCUCUGCUAUAUGAACAUGAGGCUCAGCACUAUUUAAGUAAAACACCAGAAUCAUCUGCACAACCAAGUGAAACAAUUCUUUGGGAUGUUCUUACAGACUCAAAUCCUAAUCAUCAGGAAAAAGACUCAUCUAGUAAUGAGAAACAAACUAUUAGUCUGCCAGUUUCUACUAGCAAAUCAAGGAAAGAUUCCACAGAACCAAAGACAUGUACAGAAAGUAUGGAAAAGAAAACAGAUGGUUUAGUUCAGAAUGGAAAUGAACAUUCUGAUGACACUGUUUCUGAUAUAAGCUUGACAGACCAAAAGAUGCCUGACAUAGAGCCAAAUUCUGAAAAUAAUUGUAGUAUUAGUGAUUUAGUCAAUGGACACAGUGGAAUAGAGCAGACACCUUUAGUUUCGUCAGAUCCUGCUUUGAAAACUGAUGCAAAUAGAAUCAGGACAGAAAACGGUUCCAUUUUACCUAGUGUUGUACCACAAGAACAUAAUACCCUGCCAGUAUCUCAGGCACCUUCCAAACCAAAUCUGACGAGUGAACAUACUUCAUAUGGCUUAAUUUUAACAAAGCCAUAUGUCAGACCACUGCCUCCCAGUUACCUGGAUGAACGGUACCUUAGUAUGCCAAAACGCAGAAAAUUUCUGACUGAUAGAGUAGAUGCCUGUUCUGAUCAAGAUAACGUUUGUAAAAAAUCCGUGAAAAGAUUAAGAUGUGGCAAAUGCCUGACCACCUACUGUAAUGCAGAAGCACUUGAGGCUCACCUUGCACAAAAGAAAUGUCAGACACUCUUUGGAUUUGAUUCAGAUGAUGAAAGUGCCUGAUAAAAAUGUUACAGAAAGAUCUGUCGAUCAAGCAGUAGUGCGAAAAAAGCACUGCAAGAAAUUGCAUCAUCAGUUUGCUAUUUUCCUGAUGGCCUUAAUUUUCAAGCGGUCUUGGAUUACUAAAGAUAAAGACAAAGCACAUUUUCUAGAAUGAACUCAGAGAGGAGAUGUGCUGGUUUAGACUCCAAAAGGGUUAUUACAAAACUCCCAAAGUACCAGUUAUCCAGAAAACCACAUUUCUUUAAAAAGUUGAUGACUUAAUGCAGCAUGUUCAGUUUCACUUACGUGAGAAACAUGUUCAGGCAACUAGUCAGAAAGAAAAACCAGCUAUGGCCUUACAGAAAGGGAAAAGUUAAUCCAUUAUUAAAAAAGGGGAGGGGUUUAUUGUUUACAAUAAACAACUUGAAGUAUUCUA